UGUCGACUCUGCCUGGGUUAGAUUAGUUGUCCUCACGAAUAUACUGAACACUUUGAGUGAAAUUUCUCCGCGGAAGGUGUCUCUUGAAUUUUUAUUUCUGAUAAAUUGUAUUUGUGGUCAAAAUGGCCAUAAAAGUUGAAUUCGGAGCCUUGAAAAAGCCGCAUGCGAUUUUGAAAAUUGUCACCGGAGUUUUGGCAUUGCUGUCUCUGGCCUUGUAUCGGGGAAGUUGGUACCUUGAUGGCCUGGCUUCUUUCUCGCCAUUGCACGAAAACAUGAAUUCCACCUUCUUUUUCAUUGGAAGCAUGUUCAUGUACACUGUGAUGCCCUUGAUGCUUUGUGUGUGCUACGUUUUGGGGCAGACGCAAUCGGUUCAGGGACUUGGAGUAGGUAAGGACGACGACGAGGAAAGGAAACUUAGACCACAGGACUACUACGAGGACCCAAAACUUGAUCCUGGUAGACUCAUCUACACUUUACUACAAGAAGGGUUUCUGGCUGUGAUUGGCGUGGUUUUUGUCACUGCAAGCGGGAUUUUGCUGGCAAAUAGAGUCAAGUACCUCAAUGAUCUGAAGUACCGAUGGCCAGACACGACUACGGAAAACUGCGCAACUGCCAGCACUGUUUUCACAUUUUUCUGCGCUUUCUCUUGUCUAAUUGACGGAUGUCCUCAUUUGAAGUAUGACCAAGAACCUGAGAAUGACAAUGCCAAGAUAAUUUCGAAGCCAUCUGCCACAGAUGUCAAAACAUCUUGCUUUGUAACUGGCAUAUAUGCUGCAUUGGGUGCAGGAGAAAAUCCCAUGGAAGAAGAAAUCCGGUGGGGCAAAAAUCCCGUGCGGCCAAAAAUCCGAUGUCAUCAUCAUCUCAAGACAACGUGA